AUGUCUUUGCCCCUCGAAUACGAAGUCACUUUGCCCAAUGGGUUGAAGUACCAACAGCCGCUGGGGCUCUUCAUCAAUAACGAGUUCGUCAAGCUGAAGCUGGGGAAGACUUUUGAUCUGAUCAACCCCGAAACCGGCGACGUCAACGGCGCCGUCUACGAGGCCGGGGCCGAAGAUGUCGACAUCGCCGUCGCAGCGGCGAGAAAGGCGUUUAAGGAAUGGCGUAAAGUGCUGGGGGCUAAGAAGGGCAAGAUGUUGAAUAAGCUCGCCCAAUUGAUGGACGAAGAACGCGAGCUUUUGCUGGCGCUCGAAGCCUGGGACUCGGGUAAGCCCAGAGCCCAAAACGCCAUUUUGGACGUGAUUGAGCUGGCCAAUUGCAUCCGCUACUUCGCCGGCUGGGCCGACAAGGUACAGGGGAAAGUGAUCCAAAACGACCCCAAAAAGCUUGCCUACACCAUCCACGAACCUUACGGGGUUUGUGGUCAAAUUAUCCCUUGGAACUACCCCAUUGCCAUGGCCGCGUGGAAGCUUGGUCCCGCUUUGGCUGCCGGUAACGUCGUGGUGAUGAAGACGUCAGAAAUCACCCCGUUGUCGAUGUUGUACGUGGCCAAGUUGAUUAAGAAGGCCGGCUUCCCUCCCGGGGUGGUCAACAUCAUCUCUGGGUUCGGUGGUGUCGCCGGUAAGGCGCUUUCGGAACACAUGCAAGUGGACAAGAUCGCCUUCACUGGUUCCACUGCUACCGGCCAAAUCAUCCAAAGGGCUGCUGCCACUAACUUAAAGGCCGUCACUUUGGAAUGUGGUGGUAAGUCGCCUCUUAUCAUCAGAGCCGACGCCGACUUGGACCAGGCCGUUAAAUGGGCUGCUGUGGGUAUCAUGUCUAACCAAGGGCAAGUGUGCUGCUCGACGCUGAGAGUGUACGUCCACGAGCUGAUCUAUGACAAGUUCUUGACCCAAUUUGCUGCUCACGUUAAGGACAAGUACAAGCAAGGGUCGAUCUUCAACGACGAAGUGGUGGUGGGUCCCCAGGUGCUGAAGCAACAGCGUGACAAGAUUCUCGGCUACCUUGAAGCCGGGAAAAAGGAAGGUGCCCGAGUGGUGUUGGGUGGUGAAGCCAACACCGACCAAGGGUUGGACAAGGGGUUCUUCAUCAAGCCCACCAUUUUCGCCGACGUCAAGCCGGAAAUGUCGAUCGUCAAGGACGAAAUCUUCGGGCCCGUGGUGUCGGUGGGCAAGUUCUCGCUGGACGAAGAGGCGCUUACCCUUGCCAACGACACCUACUACGGGUUAGGGGCGGCGAUCUUCACCUCGGACUUGACGGUGGCCCACCAGAUGGCCGCCGACAUCGAAGCCGGGAUGGUGUGGAUCAACUCGUCGAACGACCUGGACUGCCACAUCCCCUUCGGUGGGGUCAAGAUGUCUGGUGUUGGUCGUGAGCUUGGUGAAUACGGGUUGUCGAUCUACACCCAGGCCAAGGCGGUCCACGUCAACCUUGGCAACAAGUUGUAA